AUGUGCGACAUUUUGCCUGAAAUAUCUAAAUUCUGCAUGUGCCUGUCGUUAAGGCUUGGCAUGCUUAUUAUAGCUGUGUUAGCUAUUGUGACUGGAGCAAUAGGACUCAGCGUGAUGCAGCAGAGAUCUAACGUCAACUUAGACUUGGUGAAAAACGCUACGGAUGUGACAGCACAGAACGUGAUCAAGAAGGGCAGCACGCUGCUGACUUCCGUCAUCAGCUUCAUGAUGGUACUGUUCAUGAUAGCAGGUAUCUCGCUGCUCAUUGGCAACCUUUGGGACAACGACGGCGCGAUCCAGGGUUUCGUAGGCAUAAUGCUGCUGAAUCUUCUCCUGGGUUUUAUCUGUGUGGUGACGACGGCACUCCAGUGCAUCACCCAGGACCAGUGCCUCCUUAGCGACUUCGACUGGCUGUCGGGAGCGGUCAUCCUCAUAGCUAUCACGGGGAUACUGUUUUUGUGGGUGUACUUCACGUCGAUAGCGAGCAGCUACUUGGCCGGCGCUUAACGCGUUAAUUAGUGAUUUCACCGUUCCUGGUUCAGUAAAUAAAGUAAAAAAAUUGCUGCUGCUCGGAAUUAUGCUGAAUGGGAUUAAAAAUAAAGGUAUUUUGACCUCAA